AUGCCUCUCAGAAGGAUCACAGCCUUGCAGGACACCAGAGUUCACUUCAUCAAUGACGCGCCGAUGUUUUGCAUGUGGGAGGAAGGGAUCGGUAGGGGAAAGGAGCCGAAGAUGGUGAAGGAUAUCAAUGGUGUAAGUCUGUUCCUCGUGGUUGGAGGAGAUACAGGGAAACUGAUGCUUCCUGGAGGCCUUGAUCAUGCGCAUAUCCUCAGGCGUUCUCCAUCCUCCGACGAGUGGUUUCUUCUCGUGUCAGACCGAGUUCGCGCACGAGUUGCGAGGAAGGAAGGGAGAGGAAGGACUGAUGAUUCGGGCCUCCUCCUCGUGAACAUCCUGCCAGAGCCCUUCCCCUCCAUGACCGAUGAAAUCUCGUUCCCCGCUCCCAUUCUAGCGGUCCGAGGCAGCCUACAGGCCAAGGAGUACUACAUCGAGGAUUGCUCGCAGGAGGGAGGACGACGAGUAGCCCGAGCAAGCAGGAAGUUGUCGACAAGGCACAUCCCGACUGAGGACAAGAUGUAUAUGAUAGAGGUGGCGCCAGGACUGGACGUAGCGUUGGUGAUGUGUCUUGCUGCGGUUAUCGACCAGAUUUGA